AUGUCUGCCCCAAAAGGCAACAAGCCUGAAGGUCUUAUGGGGCUUUCAGUGUCCGAGGGAAGAGUACUCCUCCUAGGCAUCCUUUGCAUGGAUGAUUCGGGGAAGAUGGACUACGAUAAGCUGGCCGUGAAGGGCGGUUACAAGAAUUCUGCCUCUGCGAGCACUUUGUAUCGAAACGCUAAGCGCAAGUUCGUCGAAGUGACCUCUGAAAAUCAGGACGGUGCUGUCUCCGGUGCUGCCUUCGGUGCUACUUCGGGCGAUGCCUCGGGUGCUGCCUCGACUCCGGCCGCCACUCCCAAGAAGACCCCCACCAAGCGCAAGGGCAAGGCCGUUGCCACUGCCGAAGGUAGCACCGCGACCCCGGAUGCUGCCCCUGGCACCGCUGAGGCUGAGCCCAAGCCCAAGCGUCAGCGCAAGGCCCCCACCCCUAAGAAGGCAUCCAAGGCCGAAAAGGUCGAGCAGAACAAUGACACUGCUAUGAAAGACGCCCCCAGCCCUCUCCAGGAUAAGAAUGUUGUUAAGACCGAGCUCCAGACCAAGAAGGAGGAUUCUAACGACCAUGGUAUCAAGAAAGAGGAGGCCGUCCAAAAUGAGGAUGGCUCGACCCCCGACAACAAUGCCGUCAAGAAGGCGGACGGCGCAUCGUCUUCUGAUGACGAGCUCAUGAGCGUGGAUCAGCUCGACGCGCAGUUCCACGCCAUGGAGGACACCCAGGACGGCGACGAAAUGAAGUAG